AUGUCAUCCGCCGUCGAACCCACGCUCGCCCUCAACAACAACAACACCGGCUCACAGCCCGACGACAGCCCAUCGCUGGCCACCGCCGCUAAGGCGGUAACCAAUCAAAACUCAGUGAUUAAAGACAACGGCACUGAAGAGGCGGAGGAAAGUACGCCCGCGAAGAAGAUUAAACUGUCAAACGAUGUCAACGACGAGCCGAAGGCAGCGGUUACGCCGGCGCCGACCUCUACGGGAAGACCCGGACGGCCGUCGAAACGGCUGAACAUAUUGGAGAAGACGGCCAAAGAGGGCGAGGCUUUGCUCCACAAUUUGGGCCAUAAGGCCGGUGAGGACAGCGCCGAAGGGAAUCGACGAACGACGCGAUCGCAAACACGGGGAACACCGCCGGCGGCGGCGCCCACACCCACCAAGAAAGCGGCCACUCCUAAGUCACCCUCAAAGGACAAUUCGAGUUCGGGAACACCUAAACGAAGAGGUCGUCCGCCGAAGAACUCUGUGUCGAGUAAUAAUUCGGUGGAAGAGAAGAGCGAAGUGGACGCCAGCGCCGACUCGAAGGCCGAGAGCAAUGAAGUGACAAACGAGACGACGAAGUCUUCGCCGAAGAAGACAACUGCCGUUAAUAACAGUAACGAAACAAAUAAUAAUACAAACGACUCGUCGGCCACUCCUUCGAGCGAAUCCGAUGCGAAAUCACCGGAAGUGGAGCCCAAAGCCGGCGGCGAAGAGGCCGUCGCCAAAGCCUCCGAACAAACGAAAGACUUAUCAGCAAAUGAUGUGACGAAAGCCAACUCUAUAUCAGAAGAUACCUCAAAACCAGUUCCGGUUUUAGAGACAACACAACCCCCGCCCCAGACAUCGGAAUAAUUAUAAAGAAUGUGUGCAACUCUUCGACUCAAAUAUUUUCAUCAUUUUUCCCACAUUUUUAAUUAUAAUUCAAACAACAAUUCAAUGUCUUUUAAACGAAAUUCAUGUUUUAAUUGCGAACACAAACACUUUAUAACCAAUUUUAUUUAAAGUUAAUAUUAAUUAUUUUCAUUCAUUCAUAAAAUACACUUAAAAAUACAUAAUUAGAGGAUAAAACCGAACUCGAGUUUUAAUUAUUAUUAUUAUAACAGCAGAGCUUGAAAUGACGUUUAAAUUGACUAAUGAUUUAGUUGUUUAUGAUUUGAUUUGUGGUUUAAUUUUGUUUGAAUACAUCAUUACAUUUACCGCACAAUUAUAAUGAAACGCGAUUCACAUAACACUUCACAAACACGUUGUCUCUCUUUCUCUCCCCCUCUCUAUCUCUUCUCUAAUACUAAAUAACUCUUCAUUUGACUAUAUUUUGGACGAAAAGCUAUCGACUGAAUGACAAUUUGUAUCGACAUUUUGUAAGAUAAUUCUCAAACACACGACUAAUUACUUUUAAUUAUUUUUCCAUUUAAAAACAUUAUUUUCAAAGUUACCUUUAUUUCAAUUUUCAAUGUAUAAACAGUUUUUUAAAAUAAUAUAAAUUUAUGUCU